AUGAGCCUGGGGUGCACCCAGCCCGGACCAGCACUGCUGGUGCUGGGGGAGGCUCUGCUCUGCAGCAUCCCUGCCCAGGCCACCUCGCUGGAGUUGGCAGCACCCCCAGCACUGCACAGGCUGCCCCAGCACUGCGCUGCCCCCCCAGCACUGCACUGGCUACCGACUUACUCAGCCGCGGGGGUGAAGCCCAACACGGGCCCUGUUCUGUGGCUGGCAGCUGCCACACCAGAGCUGUGCCCCAGCCCUUGCGCAGCUCAGCGUCUUGCUGCAGCCCCUGUGCAGAACCUGCACCUCUGCGAGGGCUACGUGGGCCCUGACGGCCAUGACCACCCUGGCUUCUACUGCCCGCGGCUGAGUGACCCGCCUGGCCACCGAUACUGCUGCCGGCCCAGCCCGCGCGCCCUCAAGUCCUGCUGCUCCCAGCUGGCCCUGGAGGCCCUCACCGGGGUGAACGUCUCCAGCCUGGCCAGCCGGGGGCUCCUCCGGAACCCGCUGGCCCUGCCCUUCGUGGGGCUCUACGGGCUCCUCGUCCUCCUCCUCAUGGCCGUCGACCUCCUGCACUUCUACCAGACCCGGCGCUGCGGCCUCGGCCGCAUCCUGCCCCGCGCCCGCCGCCCGUGCCGCACCACGCCGGGGAGCCGCCUGUCCUGCUCCCACCCGCGCCGCAGCUCCCGUCGCCCCGGGGGGCUCCGGCUGCCCCGCGCCCCCCCCGGCCGGGAGUGCUGAGGGGGCGGGGGGUCGGGGCCCCUGCCCG